AUGGAGCCAGAAACUCUAGUCUUCAUGCCGAAUGGCGAUGUCACGCUCACCCUCAUUCGCCAUAUCGAAGAAGAAGUGCAUUCCUCCAUCUCAAGGACUACCUCAUCCUCAAGCCUUUCGGCACUAGGACAGAGCAAUACAUCCAUCGAAGAAGAUGCGAAAGCAGUUGCAUCUGACGCUCCCACCGGGCUUGAGACUGCUGAGCCGCCCGAGGCCGAACCCGAGGAUGAUGAACUAUUUUACGCUCCUGAUCCGCCCACUGGAGAAGAUGGUCCUCUAUAUCCGCCACCACCACGAUGUAGUCGAGGUUCCGAUGCCUCAUCUCGGCGAGAUCGCUCUACCAGCCCACCCGGUUCUUUUUGGGCGGCGUUGAAGAGGCAGAAAGAGAGAAUACUUACACCCAAUGAGGAAGCUCCUGCUGUGAUCCCACCAAAAGCCCGCGAAAGUAGACAUAAGAAGGUAGUUUCUACGACGCAAGAGACAUUGCUGAGUGGGAAUUUCGACGAGGCUGUAACUCUUCGUGCCACAGGUCACGUAACCAUACAGCUUUCUGGUGACCCGGAAACCUUGGUCAUAUUACUGAAUAUUAUCCAUGGAGCUACGAGGAAGGUGCCACGCCAAGUUAACCUUGAUCUACUCCGCAAACUUGCAGUGCUGGUCAAAGAUUUCAAGAUGUUGGAAUCAGUGGAAUUUUUCUCGGAUACUUGGAUAGAUAAGCUGAAAGGGGACGGAAUGCCCCAAUCAUAUUCAGACGAUGUAAUCCAGUUGCUCUUCGUAUUUUUGGUGUUUGACCGGGAAGAUGAGUUCAAAAAUAUGACUCGGCUCAUACAGCGAGAAUGUGACGAGAAGUUCGAUGAGCAGAUACCCGAGGUCCCGAUUCCCCAUGGUAUCAUAGACGCAAUUAAGAGAGAUCGACAAUUCGCGAUUGAGACAGCCAUCACCGUGAUCCAUGGGUUCAUCACAAAAUAUAUGGAUGGACUGCCAAUUUGUGAUUCUGGAAUGGACGUGGAUCUUAGAUUCGCCUGCGACGCAAUGUUAUUAGGUUCGCUGAUGAAGGGAUGUGGGAAGAUUGGCAUCUGGCCGAAACCAGAUGCUCCAUUCACUGGUAGAAAAUGGAACAAUCUUGCCCGCGAGAUUCGAGGUAUCAAAAUACUGGACGUUUGCAGUCGAAGCAGUAGCCGCCGAUGGGGUGCUUCCGGCCCAUCGUCCAAUUGUCACGGAUUGGAAGAUUCAAUUGAGGAUUCGAUGAAAUCGAUCGAGGAGGGCCUGGAUGGGUUGAAGCUUUCUGAUUAUGUGAACAAGAGCGAGGAUUCUUGGGGCAACUUCCUCUCUCAUAUCAUCCGGCCUACACCGGCUGCGAACGAUGAAACCCCAAAGGAAAUGGUCAGAGUGUUUCUAAAGGAAGAUACGAAGGAACAGUUUCCGUCAAUGGACGGGGUGAUCGCUCCACCAAAUGAGGAGAUGGAGGAAAGGGCUUUUGAGCACGUAAACAUACCCCCCGAGGAAACUCGAUCGACUUUCCAAAGCCGUGAGCGAAAGGCGCCCCCUCAGGCCGACUUAAAUUCGGCUCAAUACGAUCAUGGCAAAAGACUAGGCGAGACUAACAUCGCAAUAUCUCAAAAUAACAAGAAGGUGGAAGCUCCACAGGCCAAGCCAACCACGGCAUAUUACGAGCGAAUGAGAAUGGUGGUGGAAGAAACACCAGCAACGUAUCAAAACGACGAUACUAAGGAAUCGACGAAUGGAACGCCGAACAUGACACAAUACGAGCACGCCAGGAGAGGGUCGGAAGAACACCGACCAGCGUUCCAAAGUGAUAGCUUCAAGGAACCGCCGCAAGCUAAGCCCGCUAUGUUUCAAAGCGAGAACACGAGGAAGGUGCCAGAAGAACCACGAACAACGUCUCCAAUCCGCGACUGGAAAGGAAUUCAGAAUGGCAAGGCCCCCAAUUCCCAAUACGAGCAUUUCAAGACGGCACCAGAGGAGAGAAGAGCAACUCCACCUACACCUAAAGAAGACUCUUCUAAAUUUGCAUAUCCUCCGAAUGGCGCGGCCCCUAGCACCCGGUACGAGCAUGUCAAGACGGCGACAGAGGAGAGGCGCACAACCCCACCUACACCUAGAGAUGACUCUUCUGGAUUUGCAUAUCCUCCAAAUGGCGCGGCCCCUAGCACCCAGUACGAGCAUGUCAAGACGGCGACAGAGGAGAGGCGCGCAACUCAACCUACCACCAAAGAAGACUCUCCUAGAUACUCGUAUCCGUCGAACAGUAAGGCCCCCAGCGCCCAAUACGAACAUGCCAAAAUAGCAACUCCACCUACUACAAAAGAAGAUGAUUCAAGAUUUUCAUAUCCUCCGAACGGCAAGGCUCUCAGCACCCUAUACGAACAUACCAGGGCGAGCCCAGAGGAGCGACGAGCAUCUCCACCUACCACCAAAGAAGACUCUUCUAGAUAUUCAUAUCCUUCGCAUGGCAAAUCUCCCAACGGCCUAUAUGAGCAGGUUAAGGCCGUGCCAGAUGGGAGACGAGCAACCCCACCUACGACCAAAGAAGACUCGUCUAGAUAUUCAUUUGCUUCGAACGGCAAAGCUCUCAACGGCCAAUAUGAGGUCAAAACGGUGUCAGAUGAGAGACGAGCAACUCCGCCUACAGCAAAGGAUGACUCUUCGAGAUUUUCAUAUCCUCAAAAAUCGCAACAAGAACAGCUCCCAAAACUAGAACAGGCAAGAGUCUCCCCAAAUUUCGAGAUGGCAAAACAGCAGGAGUCGAGGCCAUCGCCAAAAUUCGACAGCCCAAAACAGGAGGAGGCCAAACCAUCUUCAAAAUUCGGAUCGUCGUUCUUCUCCUCAAAGUCAGAUAUUACACCAGCAGCACAGAAAGUGGAGGCGAAAGAGCCGCCUGAAGCAGAGUCCCCGAAAGAAGAGCGCAAAGCAUCACCGACAAUGGAUUUGAAGGAUCUCAAUACUACGACGGAGGAGGAUGAUCUGUUUAUUCAACCGCACAAUUUUAGGGCCAGGAAAAGCAAGAAGAGGUUUGCUGUUUCGCGACGUAGGGAAUAG